AUGGAUGUGGAGAUGGCCCCGCCGGAUUCCUUCCCUACCGACAACGCCAUGGCACCAAGCCACAGAGCUGCCUCGCACGACGAUGUUCCACUCAAUAAUGUUCAGCAAUUGCCCACUCCGGCAUCAACACAAGCAACUGCGGUUGGCUUCGGCGCACCCCAGAUGUCAUUUCAGCCAACCCAGACGACCGCAGCGCCUUUUUAUCUAUCUCAAGCUACUCAGGACACCACAAACGAUGUUGAAGACGUCGAAAUGACUCCGCCAGAUGCUAAUCAAGAAAGGUCAACAUCGACUCAAACACUAAAGAAGCCUCGUGGAAGGAAGAAGAAAGCCACGAGCCAUGAAGGCGGAGCAGCCGGUGAAUGGUCUGGUACGCCGAAGAAGGACAAAGGAAAGGGCAGGGCUAAGGAGGUGGAGCGGAGCCCAUCACCCGAAAAGAUCACGGACGAGAGUGUUCUUCGCCAAAUGCCUUCGCAGAUUCCUGAGUUCGUUCCAGGGAGUUCGAAGAAGCCUAUAUGUAUUAUCAAGAGCGACAUCAAGAAGUUAUGUCGGCUCGACAAAGACCGGAUUGAGCACCUGAAGCCCUAUGAGAUAGUGGAUAGCAAGACAGAAUUUGACGAAAACGGCAAUCCACGCCCCGUUCAUUUGUACGAGGAACGCAAGAUCGAAUUUUUGGCGUGGAAGGUGCAUGGAGGCGACGAGCGCUUUUUGAGGUACCUCCUCAAACUUAAACGACGACAUGCGAAGAACAAGUCGGAAGAAGCUGAUUUAAAACUUUGA